AAUUAGUCUGGUUCUAAUCGCUGAACCGAAAUUAACAAUUGAACGAGUUCAGACAUUAAUAUUUUGUUCUUGGAAUUUCGUGAUUUAACUUAAUUUAGUUGAGUGAAGAAUUCGUAAUACUUAUCAUUUGUAUUUUCAUUGACUGCUUCGAGGUUAAAAUUGUGGAAGUGGGUUAUGCCAAUACAAAACCAAUGGUUCGGUUUAGUCUAUUUAAACCGGUGCGACAUACGUUUCCAUUCUCCGCAGCUUCUCCGUUGAAACGUUCGACCAUUCUCCCCUUCUUCUUAUUCUUGUUCACUACGUAAACCCAACAAACAACACUUGUCAAUACAUAUAUAUAUACAUUCAUUAUAUUAUCUUACGAAACACAACACACACAUCAACAUCAUCUUAUAGAGGGUAAACCCAAAAUCUGAAUUUUAAUUAAUAUCAUUUUCAUCAGAAGAGAAUGAGAGGCAUGGUGAAGAAGCUACUAUGUGGUGGAUCCAAGAACUUUGCGUCUUCAAGAACAUCGGCAUUACCAGAAGAAGGAAAAGUUCGGGUUUAUGUAGGUAAGGAUAAAGAGAGUCAGCGCAAGCUAGAGGUUGAGGCUAACUUGCUAAACCAUCCAAUGUUUGAGGAUCUACUGAGAUUGUCAGAAGAAGAGUACGGACACUCAUACGAAGGGGCUUUGAGGAUUGCUUGUGACAUUGAUGUCUUCAUCAAUUUGAUCAAUCUACUAAAAACCACGCAUCAUCAUAAUCCAUCCCUUUGAAGUUUGAAAGUAAUAAUAAUUCUACAAAAUUAACUUAGCUUUUAUACCAUUUUUCAUCAUUCUUUACUUCGACAAAACAUGGACGAAGUUCAGUUCAGUUCAUUUUUCUUUUGUUCUUGAGUAUUUAUUUAUGAUUGGAGUCGGAAGCCAAUCGACAUUUUUGUUAGUGGGCUUCCUCUUAUUAUUCUUUUCAUAUGUUAGUAUUAUACACAAUUCAAGUCAAUUCUUUUGGUGACUCUGGACUUUUACUUUUUUUCUUGCGCUGAAGAGAUAUAUGAAUCGACUUAUCCAUAGGUUCAAUUAAAACGAAAUUUCGCACUAUCAGCUUCUUGUGGAAGAAAGAGAUCUCGGUACUUAAUAUGAAUGGAACAAAAGAAUUAGACUGUAGCUUAUCAAUGUAAUCAAAAUGGAUGUACCAAUGUUCUUAAUAAUCAUGUCCGAUUGUCUUCCCGUUUACAAGGGGAGGCGUAGGUCCAACGACCCUGUCGAAUCUGAAUCUGACAUGUUCGAGAAUCGAUAUGAAAGCAUAAAUUUGAUGGUUAUUUAUUUGAAAGGUGUCUAUUGGAAGAUCAAUGAUUGAUUAUAAGAAAAGAUAAUAAAAUCGCUUAAAAACAAUUAAAUCGACAACAACAAAGUAAAUCUCUAUAGAUCCUAGUUCUUGUGCCAAUGUUGGUGCGUUUGUGAAUGUUUCGUCUCUUUGUGAACUUUUUUUUUCCUAAGCUGACUUAGCUAUCUUUAACCGUCUCUCUCUUUAUUUGGGCUUAGUUCAUUUACAUGUUGUGCUUAUCGAGGGAUGCAAUCUAUCUCUAACAAUAAGUACCUUUUGUUCAUUGUGACAGACGAAGUCGAUUUCAAAGAUUACAAAAAAUGGAUCUUUUGAGUAAAUGAACUCGGUGCGACACAUCCUUCAAAAUUUGUUGGGUCAUCAUCUCAGCAUUCCCAGGAUCAGUCUCGGUUGACCGAGAAAUUGGUUUAGCACCGAACCAUUUUUUGGUUCAACACUAAAUGGCUCUUUGAUUUUCUGGGAAGUGGAAUUGCUGCCUCUUUGGAAUGCGGAACGGUGUAGUUAUUACUAGCUUUAAAAGACUUGGUGACAAUUUUCUUUCGACUUUCACGCCACCUUUCCUAUAAAUAGGAGUCUCCCUUUCUUGUUUCUCGACUUUUUCUAGUGUUUCAAGGUAGUUCCACUCUUCCAAAUUAUCCUAUCUACUACACAUUUACU